CCGCCGCCGCCAUAGGAGUCGGCUGCCUCUCGGCGCGUCCGCCGCCCCCGCCCGCCGCGCGCCGCCCGCCCAGCCCUCGCGCUAGCAGCCGCCGCCGCGCCCGGCCGCGCCCGCGGAGUUGGCGGCGGGGCCCGAGGCUGCGCGCGCGCGGCGAGUCAGGCCCGGCCUCGCGGGAAGCUCGAGCCCCGGGCGCCGGCCCCGCGCCGCGCUGUGGAUGAAGCAUGUCGGCCACCAGCGUGGACCCUCAGAGAACAAAAGGACAAGAUAAGAAAGUACAAAAUGGUUCUUUGCAUCAGAAGGAUACAGUACAUGACAAUGACUUUGAGCCCUACCUUUCUGGACAGUCCAAUCCGAGUAACAGUUACCCCUCGAUGAGUGACCCCUACCUGUCCAGCUACUAUCCACCAUCCAUUGGAUUUCCUUAUUCCCUCAACGAGGCGCCAUGGUCCACUGCAGGGGACCCUCCGAUCCCAUACCUCACCACCUACGGACAGCUUAGCAACGGAGACCAUCAUUUCAUGCAUGAUGCUGUGUUUGGGCAGCCUGGAGGGCUGGGGAACAAUCUCUAUCAACACAGGUUUAACUUUUUCCCAGAAAACCCUGCAUUUUCAGCAUGGGGAACAAGCGGUUCUCAAGGGCAACAAACUCAGAGCUCAGCGUAUGGAAGCAGUUACACCUACCCACCCAGCUCCCUGGGCGGCACGGUGGUUGAUGGGCAGACGGGAUUUCACAGUGAGACUCUCAACAAGGCCCCUGGGAUGAACAGCCUAGAGCAGGGCAUGGUUGGCCUGAAGAUUGGGGAUGUUACCACCUCUGCAGUCAAGACAGUGGGCUCAGUUGCCAACAGCGUAGCACUGACAGGUGUUCUCUCCGGAAACAGUGGGACAAACGUAAACCUGCCGGUUUCAAAGCCAACCUCGUGGGCGGCCAUUGCCAGCAAGCCUGCGAAACCACAGCCUAAAAUGAAAACCAAGAGCGGGCCCGUGCUGGGGGCCGCGCUGCCUCCUCCGCCCAUCAAGCAUAACAUGGACAUCGGCACCUGGGAUAGCAAGGGGCCCGUGCCGAAGGCCCCAGCCUCCCAGCAGGCCCUGGCCUCCCAGGCCGCCCCACAGCCCCAGCAGGCUGCUCAGGCGCUCCCAGCUCCCCCACCCUCCCUGGUCCAGCCACAGUAUCAGAGCCCUCAACAGCCUCCCCAGCCCCGCUGGGGUGCCCCUCGCAACAGAAACGCAGCCUUUGGUCAGAGUGGGGUGAUGAGCAGUGAUAGCAGCUCUCCGGGGAAUGCCCAGCCCACCUCUGCCCCCAGUGCAGAGUCCCACCCUGUCCUUGAGAAACUGAAGGCCGCCCACAGCUAUAAUCCUAAAGAGUUUGACUGGAAUCUCAAGAGUGGACGGGUGUUCAUCAUAAAGAGCUACUCCGAGGAUGACAUCCACCGCUCCAUCAAGUACUCCAUUUGGUGUAGCACAGAGCAUGGCAACAAGCGCCUGGAUAGCGCCUUCCGUGCCGUGACCAGCAAGGGGCCUGUCUACCUGCUCUUCAGUGUCAAUGGGAGCGGGCAUUUCUGUGGGGUGGCUGAGAUGAAAUCCCCCGUGGACUACGGCACCAGUGCAGGGGUCUGGUCUCAGGACAAGUGGAAGGGGAAGUUCGAUGUGAAGUGGAUUUUUGUCAAGGACGUGCCCAAUAGUCAGCUCCGGCACAUCAGGCUGGAGAACAAUGACAACAAGCCUGUCACAAACUCCCGAGACACACAGGAGGUGCCCUUAGAAAAGGCAAAGCAAGUGCUGAAGAUUAUCGCUUCCUAUAGGCACACGACCUCCAUCUUCGAUGACUUUUCUCACUAUGAGAAGCGUCAGGAGGAAGAGGAGGUGGUGCGCAAGGAAAGGCAGAAUCGAAAUAAACAGUAAGAACAAGCCGGUCUUUCUGGUUAACAGUGACUUUGAAAACAGACUUUUCAACUGUAUGCUUGGUGCUGUCUCCGGCAUCAGCUCCAGCGUGUUGUCCUCAUGCGGGUUGAGUGCUUGCGUCUUCACUCUCUUUGUAGUUCACUUUUGCCGGAAGCAUCUACAUUCAUUUGUAUGUAUCUUUUCUACAUAUUAUAACGUUAUAGAACUCACUAAUAAAGGACUAUUUUUUUGUCAGCUUAUCAGACCUAAUGUGAAGUAUAAAUAUCCUCCAAGACUUACCUAAUUCACCCAAAGAUUUUUUUUAUUUUGGCAGAAAUAUGUUCUCAUUCUUCUAUUCAGGCAAUCAAAUUUCUUACCCCAUUUCUGUGUUGGAGCAGCCAUAGAGCCCACAAGCUGUCAUUUAGGAAUUGCUGGCAGAAUUCCAUAGUACUGACAGGAAGGUUAGUGGUCACCUGAUUCAGCUGGUUUGCUGUGUUUACUGUCUGACAGCCUUCCCAAAGGCUAGCCCUGCCCACUUGGCUUUUCUGUGUGAAAGGUAGCUUUGGUGUUCUCGAAGGCAGCGGCGGUGCUGUGCUUCGGGGAAGGCUGUCCUUCGGAGCAUUACCCUGGUGGCGCGAGUCGCUCACCCUCACUGCCCUGUGUCAGGUGUGCUGACCCAGUUCAGAUCUAGUCAGCAUUCAGGAGUUCUUAUUUGCAGGCCAUGUUUUAUUUUUCCCUGUUCCUCACGUGAGAGUCCUCAAGCCGUCCUAGGUUCUUACACCAGCAGUGCUAUGCUUUUGAGUGUAGGACCUGGUAGUGAGUGUGACAGAUGAUGCUGCCACUGUAAACCCCACCGUGUGUCUAAUUUUUUUUUCUUGUUGAGUGGCUAAAAGAAAGAAAAAGUCAAAAACCCUA